CCAGGGCGGGGGGGGGCGGCCCCGGGAACCGCCGGGGGGGCGGCCCCAUGUCGCCAUGGCAACGGCCCGCAGGUGAGCCCCGGCCCCGCAGCCGCCAUGGCCUCGCCGGCCGCCAGCCCCGACUCGUCGAGCCACGAGGGCCCGGCUUUGAGCCACAAGGGCCCGGCAUUGAGCCACGAGGGCCUGACACUGAACCACGAGGGCCUUUCACUGAGCCACGAGGGCCCAGUGUUGAACCAUGAGGGCCCGGUGUUGAGCCACGAGGGCCCGGCACUGAGCCACAAGGGCCCGAUGUUGAGCCACGAGGGCCCAGUGUUGAGCCAUGAGGGCCCAGUGUUGAGCCACGAGGGCCCGGUGUUGAACCAUGAGGGCCCGGCGUUGAGCCAUGAGGGCCCAGUGUUGAGCCAUGAGGGCCCGGCGUUGAGCCAUGAGGGCCCAGCACUGAACCAUGAGGGCCCAGUGUUGAGCCAUGAGGGCCCAGCACUGAGCCAUGAGGGCCCGGCGUUGAGCCACGAGGGCCCGGCGUCGGCGUCGGCGCCCGCGGGAUCCCCGACCUCGGACUCGGAGAACCUGAGCCCCGACGAGCUGGAGCUGCUGGCCAAGCUGGAGGAGCAGAACCGGUGAGGGAACGGCCCCCGGCCCCGUUUUCCUCGGAUCCGAGGGAGGGAUCGGGCCGAAAAUCCCGAGAUCUCAUCCCUUGGGGGGCAAUAUUGCUGGUUUGGGGGGAAUAUCUCCAUUCUCUGGGGCUCUUUCUGGGGAAUCUCUCCUCUUUCCGUGGGGUUUUGUGGGAAUAUCUCAGGGAUUUGGGGCUGUUUUGGGGAAUAUUGCCAU